AUGGUCGAAGUAGAUUUAGACGGGAAUCUAGAGGGAGGUGAAGAAGAAAACUCUCAAGCAGAACUGAUACCCUUUAAAGUGAUAGAAGAAUUGAACAUGAUUAAAAGCCAUCUCAACAGGAAGGGGAGGGCUGAUGAUGGCUAUGUGACAGAUUCUGGUAACAAAAGUGACUCGCAAAGCUGGGGCUCCCACAAGGGAUCAUUUCAAACAUCCGACGCUUGGAUAAACCAAUCGGCGCAUUGUCUUCUGAAAUUCAUUAUGGACUCUCCCGUAGUCUUGCGAACCAGGCAGAUUACUAACGAUAUAUCCUGGAAUCUAGGCCGCCUUAUAGACAGGCUACAUGAGGAGGAGAAAUACCCUCCUUUCCUAGAGAAGGUUCUAGAGGCGGUGGAGGAGUUGCUCAGAGAUGUGUACGAAGGGGACAGCUUUGUGGGGGACGUGAUUCUUCGAAAGGACGAGAAAAUCCACAGACUGUUCUACCUGAACCGAUCGCAACACAUACUGAAAUACACUCUGGACAAAAUCACACAACUCCUCGAGAGCUUUCACUCGCGAAUAGAAGAGGAGUGCACAUUAGAGAUGACGGAACCCGACAGAACGGAGAACCUAUGCUACAUACUGCAUAUAUUAGAGCACAUUUUGAGGAGGCACGCUUCGACGAAGGACCUUCUGAGCCAAGCAAGCACCCAGACUUCGCAAGAAGAUAAAUCGUUGAAGAGGAGCUCCAUCACAGAAGUGUGGAGGAGGAAAUGGAAUCCGAAUUACAAUUCGGACAAGGAACAGACAACGUCGUCGAAAAAGUGCGUCGAGGCCAAAUGCAGCGAGAUUUUGAACAAAAUCAUCGUGAGAGCAAUGGACGGUUACAGUCUGGUAUCGUUCGCCGCGUUGCAGUGUUUCAAUCUGUUGCAGACU